AAAUCAAAAACCCUAGCAAUUCCCCUUUGUUUCUCCCUGCCUGUUUCUCUUUUCAAUUUCAGUGAAAGAAAAAAAAAAUGGCUCAGUUCAAAGCCAUUUCACUCUCUUCGUCCAUUAAUCUUGCAUGUUACGGUCCUAAAAGAAAUACAUUGUUACAUUCCGAUAAUUUGAUCUGUUCUAGGAAGUUAUCCACUUUCCAUGAGUUAAGUGGAAAAUCUAGUUCGCUUCAUGGUAAUGCUAUUGUAAGCAACAAUGUGUGUAUGACUCUAACACCUAAGAAUCAAGGUAUUCAAGCUGUUCUUUCCAGCAACUCAGGGACGGAUGUUUCCACAGUUACAAAGCGUGGAGGGCUUCGAGGCAAAUUAAACAAAGUUGUUUUGGCCUACAGUGGCGGCUUAGAUACUUCUGUUAUUGUUCCAUGGCUAAGGGAGAAUUAUGGUUGUGAGGUUGUUUGCUUCACUGCCGAUGUUGGCCAAGGCAUAAAAGAAUUGGAUGGUUUGGAAGCAAAGGCCAAGGCAAGCGGGGCUUGCCAGUUAGUAGUUAAGGACUUAAAGGAGGAAUUUGUGAAAGACUAUAUAUUUCCAUGCUUGCGAGCUGGUGCCAUUUACGAGAGGAAAUACUUGUUGGGAACCUCAAUGGCCAGGCCUGUUAUUGCAAAGGCCAUGGUGGAUGUUGCUAGAGAGGUUGGGGCCGAUGCCGUUUCUCAUGGAUGCACAGGGAAAGGAAAUGAUCAGGUUCGGUUUGAGCUCACCUUCUUUGCUCUAAAUCCGGAAUUAAACGUUGUGGCUCCUUGGAGAGAAUGGGAUAUUACAGGGAGAGAAGAUGCUAUUGAAUAUGCUAAGAAGCAUAAUGUGCCUGUUCCAGUGACAAAGAAAUCAAUAUACAGCAGAGACAGGAACUUAUGGCACUUGAGCCACGAGGGAGAUAUCUUGGAGGAUCCAGCAAAUGAACCGAAGGAAGAUAUGUACAUGAUGAGUGUUGACCCGAAAGAUGCUCCCGAUAAACCUCAAUACGUGAAAAUUGGAAUUGAAUCAGGCAUCCCUGUUUCACUUGAUGGAAAAACUUAUUCGCCGGCUGAACUUCUUGCUACACUCAAUGAAAUUGGUGGGAAACAUGGGAUUGGUCGUAUUGACAUGGUUGAAAAUCGGCUCGUUGGUAUGAAGAGUCGUGGAGUCUACGAAACUCCUGGUGGUACCAUCCUAUUCAAUGCUGUUCGUGAGCUGGAAUCUCUAACCCUUGACCGCGAAACCAUUCAAGUUAAAGAUUCACUUGCCCUCAAGUAUGCAGAGUUAGUUUAUGCAGGAAGGUGGUUCGACCCACUUCGUGAAUCCAUGGAUGCAUUUAUGGAGAAGAUAACUGAAACCACCACUGGUUCCGUGACUUUGAAGCUAUACAAAGGAUCAGUUUCUGUAACUGGCCGGACCAGUGCUUAUAGCUUGUACAGAGAGGAUAUCUCCUCCUUUGAGAGUGGAGACAUAUAUAAUCAAGCCGAUGCUGCCGGAUUUAUUCGGCUCUAUGGUCUUCCAAUGAGGGUUAGGGCAAUGCUUAACAAAGGUAUCUAAGUGCUUUCUAUUUUGUUUUUCAUUGUCUGGAAUUUCAAGGCUAACUUAUAUAUUAUCAAUGGAGUAGUUUUCAUUAUAUA